AAAGCUACUGUAUUGGAUUUGUCCUGUAACAACCUCAUUUCCUUGCCGUCAGACUUCUGCAGUUUGAUGCAUCUGGUGAAACUGGAUUUGAGUAAAAAUCGGCUUCAACAGCUGCCCUUGGACUUUGGCCGCCUGGUCAAUCUGCAGCACCUGGACCUUCUGAACAACCGUUUAGUCACCCUGCCAGUCAGCUUUGCACAGCUCAAGAACCUGAAGUGGCUGGAUCUGAAGGACAAUCCCUUGGAUCCUGUCCUGGCUAAAGCAGCAGGAGAUUGUCUGGAUGAGCAGCAGUGUAAACAGGCUGCUGUCAAGGUGCUGCAGCACAUGAAGGCGAUCCAGUCUGAGCAGGAUCGACAGCGGCAACGGAAGCUCCAAGCAGAGCGAGAAAUGGAGAAGAAGCGUGAAGCAGAACAGCGAGCAAAGGAGGCUCAAGAGAGGGAAGUGAGGAAGCGAGAGAAGGCAGAGGAGAAGGAACGCAGAAGACGGGCGUAUGAUGCUCAGAAAGCUGCGAAACAGGAGAUGGAAAAGAAAACUAAAAAAGAAACUGUGCAGACCCGAAAGCCCGCCUCCAGUGCCCGUCCCCCUCAGCCCCCCCGGCACAAGCCCUCCUGGUCACGGUCGGUGCUGCGGGUCCUGCUCUUCGUGCUGCUGGGCCUCCUCUGCGCUUUGGCCGCCUGCAAGCUGACAGAGCUGCAACGUCACCCUCUGUGCAUCAGCGUGAACGCUCUCUACGAGGACGUGGUCGCUGCCCUGCAGAGCCACAAAACCCUGCAAAACGUGCUCCAGCAGAACUCGCAGCAGUGAUGGUCCUGGGCGGGCACUUGCUUCGUCAGCAUCUCCCUCCGCCGGCUACGCAGCCAGAAUUCCUAUGGAAUUGUGUUGUGGUGAAACUGCUUUGAAUCAGUCGGCAUGGGUUUGCUGGGCCACUCCACCCCGAGCAGUUGUUGUUCAGAUCAUCUUUGCUGUGCAUGUUUCGCAGUUGACCUGUAACUCCCAUGAUUUGCCCACUUCAACCUAAACUUGUUGGCGCUUCUCACCUC